AUGACGACGACAUACACGACUACUACUAUGAUGCCGCGUGGGGGUUUCUCAUUCUCCCGUGAUAUAUUCCAAAUAUCGCCCUUCCAGCAAGUGUACAUUCGUUGCAUCCGUCGCCGCCCGAAAACUCGUAACACCACCGCAGCUCUAAUACACGAGGCCUAUAUCAGAAAAGAGAGGAAAGUCCCCGCGAUCAUCUGCCCUGAGCAAAAUCGGAGAUUACUUUGGAGAUCACAGAUACCCAGGGUGGCUGUCGUACAACAUUGUUUCUUGCGCGAUCAAGAGGAAAUUGCUACGAGCGGGGAGAGUGAAGAUCGUGCCUGUGAAGACUUUUUAUCAGGGCGACAAGAUCUACAACAUAUCAAAUUUUCAGCCAAUUCGACCGAAAUUCAAUUUUCAUAA